AUGGAUUCGUGGUUGCCUUUCGUCUUAUUCUCUCUUGCUGCCGGUUGUGCUCCACCCGGCUUUGUUCAAAGCAAUGACCCAGGUAAUGUCGGUGCACGAUGUUCCGAUCUCAUUCUCUAUCCGGUUUCUGCGGUCGAUCAGAGUGAUCAAUACAGAUUCGACUACAGCGAUGUGAGUUUCGGUAACACACAUGCACAAGGCGCUACGGUAGCAAUCACAUGCACGACUGGUGGACAGCCUGCUACUGUCGAAGGGUAUGAUCAGCAACGAACAUCAAUUUCGGCUGCACCGAGCCUUCUGGCCACUUGUACGAACGUCGGAGGCAGUCAGUACACAUGGACGAUACUCGGGCGAAUACUUCAAUUUGUGGAUUGUCGGUUCUGA